AUGCCCGGCCGACCAACCGUGAGUGCUUCCGACCCAGUGUUGGACGCAAUCGCGGUCAUCGGAAUCGGAUGUCGCUUCUCUGGAGGGGCUAGCUCUGUGGACGAUUUCUGGCAGAUGCUAUGCGAUGGGCGUACUGGACACGGAAAGAUACCUCCAAGCCGAUAUGAAUCCUCAGCGUGGCACCACCCAAGCCAUGACCGUAAGGGCGCGAUAAACCAUGAUAGCGGAUUCUUUCUGAAAGAGGACCCGGCAUGUUUCGAUGCUCCUUUUUUCUCAAUUACUGCCAAGGAGGCUGCGGGAAUGGACCCAGCACAGAGAUUAUUGCUUGAGGUUGCCUACGAAACCUUUGAAAAUGGUGGAAUCCCAAUCGACACACUACCAGGGUCUAAUACAGCGGUAUACUCCGGGUCAAUGACUAAUGAUUAUGAGUUACUAUCAACGAGAGAUAUUUAUGAUAUGCCUCACAACGCUGCUACGGGAAAUGGCAGGACAAUGUUGGCAAAUCGCUUGUCAUGGUUUUUCGAUCUUCAAGGCCCCAGUAUUAUGAUGGACACGGCGUGCUCUUCCAGUCUGACUGCGGUUCACCUGGCAGCUCAAGCUUUACGUUCUGGCGAAUGUGGGAUGGCCUUGGUGACUGGUGCCAGUCUGAUCUUGCACCCAAACUUCACACAGAGACUCUCUUACAUGCACAUGAUGAGUCCAGAUGGUUUGAGCCAUUCAUUUGAUGAGUCCGCUAAUGGCUACGGGCGCGGUGAAGGCAUCGGUGCUGUGCUGCUGAAACCAGUUUCUGCUGCCCUGGCCGAUGGAGACCACAUUCGUGCCAUCAUUCGUGGCACUGGAAUCAACCAGGAUGGAAGAACUCCUGGAAUAACAUUGCCAAGCCCAACAUCGCAAGCCAAUUUGAUUCGAUCAACUUAUGAGCGGCAUGGGCUUUCUAUGAGAGACACAGCAUACUUCGAAGCCCAUGGAACAGGCACCCCGGUUGGAGACCCCACAGAAUUGUCAGCGGUUGGUCUGACUUUGGGCCAAGCCCGAACACCGACCGAUGAGCCAAUAUAUGUAGGCUCCGUGAAAACAAAUCUUGGCCACACUGAAGGAGCCGCGGGGGUGGCCAGUUUGAUCAAGGUAGUUCUCUGUCUAGAGAAAGGUAUGCUGGUACCAAAUGCCGGCUUUCAGAGCAUUAACCCAAAGAUUCGACUUGAUGAUUGGAGAAUCCGCCUCAGCAACGAAACGAUACCCUGGCCGGAGCAUCUUCCACAGAGAGCGAGUAUCAACUCGUUUGGGUUUGGUGGAUCAAACGCUCACAUAAUUGUCGAGAGCACAAAGAACGCCUUCAAGCUCUACGAGGAAGAGGAAGAAGCACCUCCCCAUGUGGUGGUGUUCUCGACGUUCGAUCAACCUGGAAUUGAGCGACUCGGUCAAAGUUGGAGUGAAUACAUCAAACGCCAACAAGCCCUAGAGCGCGACAUCUCAUUGAAAGACCUUUCACACACAAUGCUUGCACGCCGGUCACACCUAGGUUUCCGCAGCUUUGCAGUCGCUAACUCCCUGGACCAGCUGCGUAGUAACCUGGAAAAGGGACUGCCCAAGUUUUCUCGGGCAAGUCGCAAAGCCCAAACAAAACUAGCGUUUAUUUUCACGGGCCAGGGUGGUCAAUGGGCCGGUAUGGGCAAGGAGCUUCUCAGAAUCCCGACUUUUAAGGAAAGCAUGGCCCGAUCUCAAGAGAUUCUUGCAUCCCUGGGGUGCCCUUUCAAUAUGAUCCAAGAGCUUCGGGCAAGUGCAAAGGGCAGUCAGAUCAACCGACCUGAUCGCAGUCAACCUAUAACCUGCGCGCUGCAGAUUGCCCUUGUCGAUCUAUUGGCAAGCUGGUCCAUAAUGCCAAAUGCGGUCGCCGGUCAUUCUAGCGGUGAAAUCGCCGCUGCAUAUGCUGCCGGGUAUCUCUCUCAAGCUGAUGCCCUGCGAGUGUCAUGGGUCCGCGGCUUCUACUCUCAGCAGAUCUCCGAGAGUGACAAAAGGGGAGGAAUGCUGGCCACUGGUAUAUCCUCAGAGGAUGCACAGAAAUACCUGGACGAGCUACCUCCUCGCUCAGUGGUUGUUGCAUGCGUGAACAGUCCAUCCAGCACAACUCUGUCGGGUAAUGUGGACUUGAUCGAUCAACUUGAGAAGAAGCUCCAGCAAGACGGACAUUUUGCCCGCAAGCUACGGAUCGAUACUGCCUACCAUUCCCCACACAUGGAAGAGUUGGUCGAAGUCGUGAGCAAGGCAAUUGCAUGCAUCAAGCCUGAAGACAGGUACAAAGGGACGAUUCCUAUGCUAUCUUCCGUGACGAAGGAACGAGUUCAUUCCGCUGAUGUGGGCGGACCAUACUGGGUUCGCAACAUGGUCAGUCCGGUUGAAUUCACUGCCGCCGUUACUGAGCUUGCAAGCUUGAGCGAAUCUAGCAAGACUCGACGACGCCCGGUUCCCGUGAAAUGGACGACUCUGGUUGAAAUUGGUCCCCACUCGGUGUUGAAAGGCCCCGUCUCGCAAAUCCUGCAAAAGGUCAAUCCCAGCAUGAUGGCACUCCCAUAUUAUACUUUGGUAGCACGGAACCAAAACGCUCUGCGAACAUCACUGGAUGUUGCAGGAUCUCUGUGGAGCACAGGACAUGCCAUUGAUCUUGCUGCGGUGAAUAACUGUGUGGAUCCUACGGCACCCAAUAUGGUUAUUGAUUUGCCUUCCUAUCCCUGGAACCAUCAGAAUUCAUUCUGGCAUGAGCCCUUGGAGACAGCUCAGUUGAGACAGCGCAAGCACCCACGUCACGAUAUUCUUGGAGCUCCUUUGGACUACCAAAAUGCCCUCGAGCCUCGGUGGAGAAACUUCCUGCGACUUUCAGAGAAUCCAUGGAUGUCUGAUCAUGUCGUUGCCGGAACAAUUGUCUUCCCAGCCGCUGGUAUGAUGGUGAUGGCUAUCGAGGCGGCACGUCAGUUGGCCCAUGGCCAAGGCAAUGUCAAGGGAAUCGAGUUCCAAGAUUUGCACUUCAUGCGAGGAGUGGUUAUUCCUAACGAGGAGCGUGGUUUGGAAACUCUCCUCCAAGUCUCACCCCACCCAGGCAUGGCAAGCUGGUACGAAUUUGGAAUUUUCUCGCUCCCAUCGGGUGGUGGCUGGAUCCAACACGCAAAAGGUGCAUUCAGCCCCCGGUUCGAGAACCCUGAGGACAAUGAGCAUGCUGCAAACUGGGCUGCAACCCUGGCACGUAUCAAGGAUACGCAGUCAAUUGCUCAAAAGGGAGACCUUGAACAGGCAUACCAAUGGUUGUCUCAAACUGGAGGACUCAGCGUGGGCCCAUGCUUCAAGACCACCACGGAACUUUUCUUCUGCGAGUCAGAACCUCGUAUUUGGUUGUCGGGAGUUGUGACCGACACUAAGCAAGGAAUGCCCUAUGAGCGGGAGACGCCCAGUUUCAUUCACCCGACUACGCUCGAUUGCCUUUUCCAAUCCGCACUGCUGUCAUGCUCAGAGGCUCUCUCUAGCACCAGCGCCAAUAUUCCAAUUGGUGUGGAUCAUGCUUACAUCUCGGAUUGCUUCCAGCCUCAAACGGGCGAAGAAUUUAUCGUCCACACAGAGACGCAGUGGCGGGACGGCAAAUCCCAAUCUCAGUGCAUUGCUUCUGAUCCUUCGUUGUCACAGCCAUGGAUUACCUUCGAAGGUGUCCAUCUUGGCCGCCUUCCCUUCAACCCGAAUUCGCAAAAGCAAGAAGACACGGGUUCCCAGAGUCGGUUCUCGACUAUUGUCUGGGAUGAACAUUUGGAGUCACCGAUCAUCACUAGUCGACUAUGUCCUGAUGGAACCAAGAGCAGUGCCGUCGAAGUCAGUGAGCUGCGGCUGAAUGAUUGGGUCGAGCGUCUCUGCCAUACCAACGGUGAUGGAAAUGCGUUGAUCGCUACUUCAGACACCUCAAAUGAUUGUAUUCAGAGCCUCGCAAAGUAUGGGCCGAGCAGUGGAAAGCGCCCUUGUCUGAGCAAGGUGACAACGGUUUUGUGCGGUCUGACAAAGGACAAACAAGCCAUGACUGAUGUUUUGGGAUCUCAAAUUGUCCCGAUUACCACAAUCGGGGAUCUUCCAUCUGCUCCCCUCUCGGAGAAAGCGUACGACAUUAUCGUCAUCGAUGAGCUCGAUCUUUGGAAUGGCAAAACCUCGCAGUCACUUCUGUCUUUCCUGAGUGAAACACUCGAUCGUGGAGGCUUUGUCGCAAUGAAAGUCUCCGACUCGACCGUCGAUCUAGCAGCACAAGCCAUUGGUGCAUUUGAAGGUCUCGAAAUCCACAGCCUUACUUCGGACCGUACCUUUAUUGUGGCACGCAAGAACCCAGCCUCGUGGACCACGGAUUCAGAAAUUUAUGUUCUGAGCACUGAAGACAAGUCAAACUCCUCGUCGGUCUUUGCCCAUCUCGAGAAGGUUUUUGCUACCCACAAUGUUCGCGUAGUUCCUAUUGGUUUGGAUCAGGUAUCUGAGCAUGAAGGCAAGACAGUUAUAUCAUUGUUGGACCUGUCCGGACCCUGGAUUACCGACUGGACAGCGAAGGAUCUUCAGCAACUUCAGCGGUUGAUUCGGGCCCAGUAUGUGCUUUGGGUCUCGCCUUUCUGGGCUCAAGGAAACGUCGAGAACGCUGCUCACGGUGCGACAGCCGGCCUUCUGCGAACCCUCCGCAAUGAGCACUUUAACACUACAAUCCCUCAAUUGCUCGUGGAUGUUGAUGAUCUGCAUGACAAAUUUGGUCUGGCCUGUGGCAUUUUGCAGGUUAUGCAAUUGACUAUGCAGGAAAGCUCGCGACGCGCUGAUCUUGAAUACCGGCUGACAAAGAGCCGACUGUUGGUCCCCCGAGUUCUUCAGACCGCGGCAGUGGACGAGGCAAUGCAUACCCUGUUGAAGGGGCCCAAACCUGUUCUAGCCGAGCUCAAGCUUGAUCCAAGGCCCCUUGAUCUGAAGCUUCAGGACGGCAAGGAAGCAUACUGGGAGGAGAAGCAGGGCUUCAAGGAGCUUCAGGCAAACCACGUUGAGCUAAAGGUAGAGAUGGCCACUGUCUUUGAUACCAAUGGGGAUUCCGGAAAGACGCCCGAGUCAGCUCUUCCAAUGUUUGAGAUUGUUGGAAGAGUCAACCAAGUCGGAUCAGGCGUACGUGACUUGGCUGUUGGCGAUAAAGUGUUGACCUUAACCUCCGCGGAAUCGGGACUUUCAACAACCUUGCGUGUUCCCGAAGGUGACACGAUCAAUAUGCCCGCUCUUGCGGAUCCAACUCAAGCUAUUUCGGCUCCUCUUGCAUAUUUGAACGCCCACCAAAUUCUGACUGAGGUUGGCCGUCUGGGUGCUGGAGCCUCGGUUCUCUUGGUUGGCUCAAUCAGCCAGACUCUUCGAGCCUUGAUUGACUUUGCCCUCAGCAUGGACAUGCUGGUCAUUGUUGCGACUGACUGUCAAAACACUACAGACAUUCUGGCCUCUCGCUACCCAGGCUUGAAGGAUAGGAUUCUUGGCAUUCACAGCGGACUAGAGGCAAGCGUGUCUAGGCUGACCAAGGGUUGUGGAGUUGAGGCUACUAUCUCGUUCCUUAGCGGGUAUUCCGGUCGAGUUGCUGCCAAGUGCCUGGUUGGAGGAGGACAAUACAUCAACCUGUCCAAUGAGAUGAAGCUCAGUGCUCUUCCGGAAAGCUUCAUUGACAGCGGCUGCACCUUCUCCUCCCCGCAGCUGCGGAGAACCUUCUCUGAGAAGCCCGGCAGCCUCCACGCGUCCGUUCGUAAGGUGAUGAGCUUGAUGAAGGAGCAGCAACUGCUGCAUCGCGUGGAAGCUUAUCCAAUAUUCCCGGCGUCCGAUAUCCAGCAGGCCUUCCAACUCUGCAAGGAGACCAACGGCCGAGUCAUUAUUGACCUCCAAGCUCCCGGUCAAGUUCCAAUUAUUCUUCCACUCCCGGAAUUUACAGCAUUGCCAUCUGAAAAGACUUACAUAUUGGCUGGUGGCCUGGGCACUCUCGGCCUCGCAUUAGCCGAGACCUUGGUAGAGUCUGGGGCGCGUCAUUUGGUUUUCCUUGGGCGAUCAGGAGUUGCUCAAAAGGAGCAGGAGAUCACCCUUGAUAUGCUCCGGGAUCGUGGAUGCCGUGCAGAUGUUGUUCGCUGUGACAUAUCCAAAUCGGAAGAUAUGUCUAAUCUCUCAUCGGAAAUCACGAACCGAGACUGGAAUGUUGCCGGUGUCAUUCAAUGCACGACCGUUCUGAAAGAUGCCAUGUUUGAGAACAUGACCUUCGAGGAGUGGUCACAAUCAACCGAUCCCAAGGUUCAGGGAACGUUGAAAUUGCACGGGCUGUUCUCAGAGCCAGAUGGGCUUGACUUUUUUGUGACGCUCUCUUCUGUCUCAAGUGUCAUGGGUAACAUGGGCCAGGCUAACUACUGCGCUGGUAAUGGAUUCAUGGACGCCCUGAUGGAGUGGCGCCGUAACCAUGGCCUUGCCGGAAUUUCCAUCAACGCCGGUCUUGUCCCAGAUGCUAGCGGAGUCAGUGAUAUCAUGAAAGAUCAAGAGGAACGCCUUCGUCGAUAUAAUAGUUUUAGAGGCACAGAGAUUUUGACCCACGAGCUCCAGACUCUGCUCCGGGUUAUCAUUAACAGCAAGCUCUCCCUUCCGCACCAGAUCAUUGCUGGUAUGACGGACUCUCUGUCACGCAAGAAUGCACCCACCGCGUGGCUACUCGACCGCAAGUUUGACCACCGUAUCUCACUAGCCACUGAAGAAAGUUCCUCGUCUGCCGCUUCUACCGCUACUCUUCUCAAGGAAGCCGAUUCUGUUGAAACGGCAACUCAAAUUGUCCUUGACGCUCUCAGUGAAUACUUGGCGACGGCCAUGGCUACAACUGCCGACUCUAUUGACGCUGAUUUACCCUUGUCAGCCUUAGGUGUGGAUUCACUUAAAGCAACUGACGUUCAAAACUGGGUCUCGCGCGAUUUGGGCGCAGAACUGUCCUCAUUUGAAUUCCUUGGCUCACAACCGACUAAGACUCUAGCCAGGAAAAUUGCCUCAGCCAGUUCCUUCGUCUCGGUGUCGAGCUAA